AUGCGUUGGCCCGGCUACUGGAUGAUGGUGACCAUUUCUUUGUUGCACUGUUCACUGUUCAUUGAACGCUUAAUCGCCACGCGUUUCACGCAUGUUUACGAACAGUGUGGCAAUUCCCUGGGAAUAUGGCUUUGUCUUUUCGUGGUAAGUUUAAAAAUUUGGUUUACGGGAGCCUGUCUUUUCAGUGGUUAAUUACCAUUGGAGUAAACGUGGCUACUUAUAGUGUUGAAUGGUCAGAGUAUUUUGGAUACAAUUCCUAUUGCCUUGGGGUUGUAAGCGACCUUAACGAACUUAGAGUACGGAUUCUACUGUUGUGUUUGCUAAUCUUUGACCUCUCGGCUACUGGGGGAGAAUGGUUCUUGACACUGAAGAAUCGACGAGACAAGUAAGAGAUUACAUGGUCUGUACUUUUGUGAUUAAACUACCUUCAAAGAAUCCGAGUAAACAACUUUUCAGAGUAUUUAUAAAUUACAGUCUAAGCCGGGCAUAUCAACAGGGAGAAAACUAUUUAACAGUCCGAUUAGUAACUCCAAUUUCGUUAUUACACUCCAUAUUAUUUACUCUGUUUCUUAUGAUUCACAUCUCCGUCAGAGAAUUCAUUAUCUACAAUGAUGGCCCUAUUCGAUACGUUGCUUGUAUUCUGAUGUCACAUAAUGUGAGUUUGCCUACAAUCUAGUUGUUUGUUGAUACAACUUACGUAAGCAGAACAAAAUAGUUUAAUCAGACAAUUGUCAUAACAAAAGCAAACGGUUCACAAGGAGAAGAAUACAAUUGCUUUCAGAUGUUGGUUUUUUCGCUUACAAUUUCGUUGGCCGUUUAUAUCAACCGAGUGCAUUGGACAAAGAAGCAGAAAGAGCUGAGAGGUUCCAGCAUUGUGAGGCAGGAUCAAGCGACCGUUUAUUUCAAUCAGCUCCAAAGCCAGCUGCUGUAA